AUAGAGCGCUUACGCCCUCCGAAUCACUGCUCUUUGGAAGUUCUGAAACAGGAAGAAAAGAAGAAGAGGCAUUACAAUACGCCUCGAAAUAUAUUCUUAAAGUGAUUCACUCGGAUAUCUUUAUAUUUUCGUUGUGCUGAAAGAAAAAAAACAAUUCGUUGACUCUGUUCGCUAGUAUCUGGCCAAUUAAAGAGUUGAGCACCCUACCCCAUUGUUGGGGUCGUAGCCUGUAAGUUCGAGAUAUUAACGAUUAAGAAUAACGAAACGCGAAAAACCGACUGAAAACUACAAAGUAGUAAAAUGGCGGAGCCAGAAAAAUUAAAUAUUGAUUCCAUCAUUCAGCGUCUUCUUGAAGUUAAAGGCUCCCGGCCAGGCAAGAAUGUCCAGCUUACGGAAAAUGAAAUUCGUGGCCUUUGUCUCAAGUCCCGUGAGAUUUUCCUCAGUCAACCAAUUUUGCUUGAACUUGAGGCACCACUCAAGAUCUGUGGUGAUGUCCAUGGACAGUACUAUGACCUCUUGCGGCUCUUUGAAUACGGAGGCUUUCCCCCAGAGAGCAACUACCUGUUCCUCGGGGACUAUGUGGACCGAGGCAAGCAGUCGCUGGAGACCAUCUGCCUGCUGCUGGCCUACAAAAUAAAAUUCCCUGAGAAUUUCUUUCUUCUGAGGGGCAACCACGAGUGUGCCUCCAUCAACCGCAUCUACGGCUUUUAUGAUGAGUGUAAAAGACGAUAUAACAUCAAGUUAUGGAAGACUUUCACUGACUGCUUCAACUGCCUUCCUGUGGCUGCGAUUGUGGAUGAGAAGAUUUUUUGCUGCCAUGGAGGUCUAUCCCCAGACCUGCAGUCAAUGGAGCAGGUGCGCCGGGUAAUGCGUCCCACAGACGUGCCUGACCAGGGUCUGCUGUGCGACCUGCUGUGGGCCGACCCGGACAAGGAUGUGCUGGGCUGGGGUGAGAAUGACCGCGGAGUGUCCUUCACAUUUGGAGCAGAUAUGGUGGCCAAAUUCCUGCAGAAGCAUGACAUGGACCUCAUCUGCAGGGCACAUCAGGUGGUGGAAGACGGCUAUGAGUUCUUUGCAAAGCGACAGCUGGUCACACUUUUCUCAGCCCCAAACUACUGUGGCGAGUUUGAUAAUGCUGGAGCCAUGAUGAGUGUUGAUGAGACACUCAUGUGUUCCUUCCAGAUCCUCAAGCCUGCAGACAAGAAGCUGUAUGCUUACGGAUCAGGGGGCGUGGGCUCCGGCCGGCCCGUCACACCCCCUAGGAAUUCAAAGGCCGCAAACACCAAGAAAUGACAGCAGCGACUUCACCCUUGCCGUGAUUCUACCUCUCUGCCCUCUUCAAUCCCAAAUAGCUGCCAGCAUAACUGCCCUUUUAGUUAUUACACACUUUGUAACUGUUUUAGAGUUAUGUUGUGUGUUGGUAUAGGGGUUAGUAUGUUUUCUUGGCACUGUGCCUUCGUUCAUCUUCAGGACUUUUUCUUUUUAAACAGGGAAGCUGGGCUACACAAAGAUGUGGAGGAACUUGAUCUCUUCUGUGUUAGAGGCUCCAUGCUAUUUUAAUGUUAAGCAGUUUUAUAUAAAGCAGAAUCUGUUGGUUUGUGUGCCCUUGCUUACUGUGAAUGGCAUACCGAUGGCAGGAUUAUGAACAGUCAUCCUAGCACUAUGUUCCCCUCCCCCACCCAGAACCAAGGAAUAAAAUUCUAAGGGGAAAUAAUUUGCAUAUGUAAAUUGGGAGAAUUGGGGAGGACUUUAAUAGUAACAAUGUUGGAUAAAGAUUAGUUAGUUUUAGAUAACAGGUUUGAAAACAUCUUCCAUGCUGUUCUCUACCUUGGGGUGUGAACUCCCCAGUACUGUGAAGACUUAAUUGGUCAUGUUUGAUUGUAAGGUGAAAGCUUUACACUGACUCAGAAUAUACAAUUCUGUACACUAGUUCGUACUUAAUUUUUAAUGGAUGGAUUGGAUCACAAACACAGAUUUCUUUUUAUAAGAAAUCUGAUCCUCCUGAGGUUUUUGGAGGAAAUUAUGGGAAAGUUAUGUUGUUCAAAAACUUUUUAGAAUAGUUCACGUCGUUUUACAGGCUAUGAAUUUAACUCUUUAUAAUAAAGGCACAUAAUCCUGUGUUCAGCCAAAACAGUUCAUCCCUGGUCCGCAUAAGACAAAUUGAUAUUUUGUAACUUCACAAAAAGAAUGUAUUGAAAGUUCUAAUUUCUAAUUCCUCCAAAUUGAAAAUAUUAACUUUUGUCAUGGAUUUAAGUGACUGAAAAUAAAUGUGCCAUUCUUUAUUUUGAAUACUGAAGCCACUGAGAACCAUGUUAAUUUUAGGAAAAUGUGCCAAAAAAAUAAAGCAGACUUUGUAUAUUAAGGUAAAUAUCCAGGCAAUAUUCAUUAGACAUAAAUGUAAGUUUUUAAUGAUCUUCCAUUGUGCUUUAUACAAUCAAAAUUCAAACUACGGUAAGUGCCAUAUCUGUGAAUUUGCCCCAAAUUGGUUUAAAUAUUUGUUUCAGUUGUAUUUUUAUUUUAUAUUGGGUGUCUUGCGUGCUUUGGUUUCUUCUUAUUUUCAUGUUUUAUUUGAUUGAAAUUAGUCUCUUUUUGUAACUGCAACACUUCUGGUUGCAAAUGUCAAAACUGUAGUUAGGACACAAAUAAAAUCAAUUCCAUUCAAA